AAACCAUCUCAAAUACGGUGAAUACAUAAAAAACGCGAAAUGAGUUUCUAAUAAAGUACUCCAUCUCCCAACAGUACUUUGGCUUCAUCGCCUGUCAGUCGGUCUUACAUCAGCAGCUUGUCUGUGGUUCCCCGCGGGAUCUGUGAGAUGCUGCCUAAAAACGCACCUUUUGAUUCUCCCCGUCCAGCAUCCGCCAAGACGCCGAGGAGGACGAACGACACCUGCGGUGGAAAUGUGGCGUAGUGCGGGUUGACUGCAUCUGGUCGAGACUGCAGGCUAGAAAAUGUCCCUGCCACUGGCUGUCCUGGUGGUCCUCACUGUGCUGGAGGUCGGAGCCCCCCAUGCUGGACCUGAGGAGGAUCCUUACAUCACCUUAGGAGUCACCAGGAGUGCAAGCCAGGCUGAGAUUAAGAAAGUGUACAAGCGCCUGGCCAAAGAAUGGCAUCCUGACAAAAACAAAAAUCCGGGUGCCGAGGACAUGUUUAUCAGGAUUACCAAGUCAUAUGAGCUUUUAUCCAGCGAGGACAAACGUGCCAACUACGACCGCUACGGGCAGACUGAUGACACGCAGCCGUAUGGCCGCUCCAAUCACCGCCAUAACAACUUCAACUUCGAGGAGUCCUUCUUCAACUUCCCUUUCAACAGCAGGAACCAGCGGGAAUUUUCCGACGACAAGUACUUGCUGCACUUCAACCAGUACGUGGGCGACGUGGUGCCCGACAGCUUCAGACGGCCGUACCUGAUCAAGAUCACCUCCGACUGGUGCUUCAACUGCAUCCACAUCGAGCCCGUGUGGAAGGAGGUGGUGCAGGAGAUGGAGACGCUAGGCGUGGGAAUCGGCGUGGUGGACGUGGGCUACGAGAGACGUCUGGCCAAUCACCUGGGGGCCCAUCGCACGCCGUCCAUCCUCGGCGUCAUCAAUGGCAAAGUGACCUUUUUCCAUUAUGCUGUAGCCAAGGAGCACCUGAGGCAGUUUGUGGAAGACCUUCUUCCUCAGAGACUCGUGGAGUGGGUCAGCGACAAGAACGACCAGCAGUUCUUGAACAGCUGGCACCAACUCAACAAACCACAUGUGCUGCUCUUUGACCAGAUGUCCGUGGUUCCUUUACUUUACAAGCUGACGGCGUUUGCAUACAAGGAUUACUUGCAGUUCGGCUAUGUGGAUCAGGGCCUGUCCGAGACGGCCAAUCUGCAAAUACAGUUCAAUAUCAACACCUAUGCUCCCACCAUGUUGGUUUUCAAAGAGAACACGGACAAGCCUGCUGACAUCGUCCAGACUAAAGGAAUGAAAAAGCAAAUAAUCGACGAGUUCAUGUCCAACAACAAGUUCCUCCUGGCGCCGAGGCUGGUGAAUCAGAAGCUCUUUGACGAGCUCUGUCCUGUCAAGCAGUUCCACAGACGCAGGAAAUACUGCGUGCUGCUGAUCACGGGCGACGACGAGAGUUUUUCAUUAGGCAACCGGGCCUUCCUUUCUUUCGCCUCCAGCAACGCCAAAGAAGUCGUGAGAUUCGCUUAUGUUUACCAACACGUACAGCAACCGCUUUGUAACGCCCUGAUGACCAGCAAGGACAACACACAGCCACCACAGGUGGUGAUCCUGGAGAGGCGCAAUGCUGCCGGAAAGGUUUUUUUCAAGCCGGUGAGCACUUGGAACGGCAGCGAAGAAGACAAGCAGCGUCUUGUGGAGGAGUUGGAGCGACUCCAGAAGGACCCGUCCAUUUUGAUCCACGACGCCUUGCUGCCUGAGCUCAACAAUGAGUUUGCAUCUAUUUUUAUCAUCCAGUGGAUUUAUGCUUUUUAUGAUUACCUCUCUGAAGUCAUGGAUGACAUCCUGCACAAUAACUGGCGCGAGAUGAUGCCCCUCCUGUCUCUCAUCUUCUCGGCCUUGUUCAUCCUGUUUGGAACUGUGGUCAUCCAAGCAUUCAGCGACUCAAGUGACGACAAACGGCCAAAAGCGAAAGAUGGACCUAAAACGGAAAAUGUGUCGCCGGGGAAUGCAACAAGUCGGCCACCCAAGAAGAGUUUUGUGGAGGUGACGGAGUUGACAGACAUCACCUACAUAAGUAAUCUAGUGAGGCUGCGGCCAGGACACAUGAACAUCGUGCUGGUGCUCACGGACGCCUCCAAGAACAUCCUGCUCAGCAAGUUUGCCAAAGAGGUGUACUCGUUCACAGGAAGCCUGACGCUGCAUUUCUCCUUCCUGAAUACGGACAAGCACGGCGAGUGGAUGAGCACGCUGCUAGAGAGCGUGCAGGACGGCGUGCAAAUCGACGCCGGCGAGGACGAUGGCGGCGGAAACCAGAAGAUGGACUACACCGGCUACGUGUUGGCGCUUAACGGCAACAGAAAGUACUUUUGCAUCUUUAAGCCCGUCUACACCGGGGAAGACCCGGCCAACAAGGCUUUGGAGGACAACGGGACGACGUCGUCGGUGAGGCGGGCUAGGUCUGCGUCGCGCGACGAUCACCCUACACGCAAGUCGGCCCGCUCUCGCAGCACUCCCACCCUACAGAUCCACCACAAGCUGGACGGCUUGGGGUUGUGGAUGGAGAGGCUCAUGGAGGGUACCUUGCCUCGCUGCUACAUCCCCGCCUGGCCAGGACUUGACAAGAUCACGCCCAUUAAAUAGACAGGAGCACGUUAAGAGUACGGUAUUUCAAAAAAGUGAGUCUCACAUUUUAGCAGGGACCGUUUUUACUGUAUAUAUUUUUAAGGAACAAUAACUUGGAUGUACAGUCGUCCCUCGUUUAUCACUGUUAAUUGGUGAGCGCAAUGUAUGAAUUUCCACCGAAUAGGAAUUAUUAAUUAUCCAUCCAUUCUGUACCGCUUGUCCCUUUUGAGGUCGCUAGAGCCUAUCUCGGCUGCAUUUGGGCAGAAGGCGGUGUACACCCUGGACAAGUCGCCACCUCAUCACAGGGCCAACACAGACAGACAACAUUCACACUCACAUUGACACAAUAGGACCGAUUUAGUGUUGUCAAUCAACCCAACCCCAUGUGCAUGUUUUUUGGAGGUGGGAAGAAGCUUGAGUACCCGGAGGGAACCCACAUAGUCACGGGGAGAACAUGCAAACUCCACACAGAAAGAUCCCGAGCCCGGGAUUGAACUCAGGUCCUUCGUAUUGUGAGGUAGACACACUAACCCCGCUACCACCGUGCUAAUUAUAACAAAUAUUGUCAUAGCUAGAGGAUUAGAAAACUUCUUUAAAACCUUCUAAAUAUAUUUUUCAACAUUAUUAAAGCCCUAUACACAUGAAAUAAUACGCAUUAGUCACCGUAACACUCUUAAUUCAACAUAGUAAUGCUUCCUGAGGCUGAGCCAAUCAGUGGCCAUGACACUGAACAGCGCGAUCUCCGCUACUGUAUUAUCGAUAUUCUUAUUUUAGUCAUUUUUAUGCUUGAAAAUGCUUAAUUUGGGACUAAAUACAUUUAUAAUAUGCUGUGCUAUACAUACAUACAUACAUACAGUAUACACAUGUAUACAUACACAUGUGUAUAUACUGUAUAUGGAUAUACUAUAUAUAUACAUAAACACACACACAGUAUAUUUAAAAGGUGCCAUAUAAUAUAAUGUGGCCAGAAAUUAUUCUACAAUCGCGGUCAAAAUUCUGUAGUGCCCUCCUGCUGUCAUUGACUGAGGUUGCCAGAUACGCAGCUGAAUCCAGCUCCAUCGACGGGGCUACUCCAAGGAACUUCAAACUUCCACUGCCUCUAUUUCUUAUUUGUCAAUUACAAAUCCCUAACCAACACAUUUUACACAGAAAUUAAGCUAUUUUCAGGAAGAAGUACGCCAUGCCUGCGUACAAUAUCACAACAAAUGGCAAUCAUAUUGUCAGUACUGUCAGAAAACACGGACUAAAACAACAUACACCCAACGCUAACAAAGGUUAUACUGUACUGGUGAAAAUAAGUGGAGCAUGCUUAGCAGCCUAAUGUACGCACAAAAAUAAAGAGACAUUUUACCAAGGUAUGCCUAUAGGCUACACCAGGGGUGUCAAACUAAUUUUAGCUCAGGGGCCGCAUGGAGGAAAAUCCAUUCCCAAAUGGGCCAGAAUGGUAAAAUCAUGGCAUGAUAACUUCAAAAUAAAGACAACUCCAGGUUGUUUACUUUGGCCAAAAAUAGGGCAAGCACUUGUGAAAACAUACAAAUCACAAAUAAUCCUCUGGAAUAAACACUUAAAAGUCUGUUGAAAAUCCUGGGGAAAUUGGUGCAGUUUCAAAAACACAAUGCAUUUAGACAUGGUUUCAGUUUAUCUACAAAGCUAAGAUUAAACUUUAAGUCACAGUCCUUCUGGGAUUGGACAAAAAAGAACAUGUGAACUCUUCGAGGUAUCAAAUACUUCCUUUGUAAUGUCCACGUAUCAAUUCAGAGCUAACUCAACAAACCGUGAGAAUCGGAGGUAAAACUAUCAAAAAGAGUUAAGUUUUCUCACUAUAUUUUCAUACCUUAGUUGGGGCCUGUCGUGGCGGUAAUCCUAGAACCCGUUGGUGGACACCUUAUUUCACCGGUUUGGUCCAUGUGCCGCCUCUAAUGGCUCUGAUAUUCCGAAGCGUUUUGGGUUUAUAGAAAAAUGUUCCAUCCAUCUAUUAUUAUAAUCAAUGUUAUUAUCGAAAAAGGACGACAAGGAGGCAUCGUGCAAUGGUAAAAGUUGAUUUUCAAGACAAAAAACGAUUUUCAAGGUAAAAGUUGAUUUUCAAGACAAAAAGUUGAUUAUCCGAGUACACAAGAUAUUACCGUCUAUUCUUAAAACCCACACAAAGACAUUAUUGGGGAGUAAGGGUGCCAAAUAACGAUGUGUUUGAAGCGGAAGACUCAAAACGGCAGGUUUUAAGUUUUCACGUUUACUUUGUACCUCUUGCUGGUCCUAACAGAAUUGCUAUUGUGACAUCCAGAACAGCAGUUUCUUUCAUUAAAAAAAUUAAAAAUGCAACUCAUUUUAAUACUUGGCAAACUCGUCACGCCGGCCGGAUAAAACCUGUUGGCGGGCCUGAUCCAGCCCACGGGCCGUAUGUUUGACGCCCCUGGGCUACACGAAUGAGGAAUUAUUUUAUCAUGUGAUUGGACUGUCUCCAUACCUUUCACAUUGCCAUGAUGACAGCUGUGAUAAUGUUGGAACCCAUUUCCUUAGUGUGUCAGCAUAAUGACAACGAAAUAGGCACCGGCACUACCCAUAUCCACAUAGGUUUUACUUGUCUAAAAAAUAUUUUGUCUGUCAGUUCGAAUACACACCAAAAUACAGGCUAACAGACAUAUACACUAUGUCAUUGACUGGGCUGAUAUGCUAAGCAAUACACUAGGAACUAAGCACCUCACACUAAGCAUUCGUUGCACGAACCGACUAGCUUUGUUAGACAAGAUCGCAGUCUGUAUUGGACAAUGAAGUUUACAUACAAAAUGUCCAUUUCCAUUCAUUACAAGUAAUAAGUAAAUGUAAAAGCCUGACUUGCCUAUCAAAGAGGAAAUUAGCAAUUUUGGCGUGGGAUGAUAAAAUCUUCUCCGUCUUUAAUCGUCUUCUUAUUUCAAAGGCUUCCCCGAUACAAAUCCUCGUUUUGUCAUGAAUAAGUUGACAAUCAUAACAACGCCUUUUAAAUUUACUAAGGUCUGACAUGUUUAGUAACUUUACCAGUGGCAGUAGCCAGACGAAAAUGGUGGAGCGUAACUGGCAACCUGGAUGUGACACACUCACGGACUUUCUAAUUGGUCAAACGGUGGAGGGCGGGACAUCGAAAUGAAAAGGAUAGCAAGAUUUCGGGGCUUUAAAUCUAAUUUUGAAAAGAGCAUAUCCCAGCCCACUACUGUUAUCAGUUAUAAAGGUAUUCGAAAAGAACAUGAUAUAUUAAUGCAUUACCUACUCAGUGGCCUAGUGGUUAGAGUGUCCCCCCUGAGAUCAGUAGGUCGUGAGUUCAAACCCCGGCUGAGUCAUACCAAAGACUAUAACAAUGGGACCCGUUACCUCAUUAAGGGUUGGAAUUGGGGGAUAAAUCACCAAAAAUGAUUCCCGGGCGCGGCACCACUGCUGCCCUCACCUCCCAGGGGGUGAUCACGGGUGAUGGGUCAAAUGUGUGACAAUCAUUGGUACUUUAACUUUAACAUAUCAGGGCCAUUUAAUGACGACUUGACAUGAAAUUAUUACAUAUGACUCCUUUAAAAAAAUCUGCAAUGUGAUGAAGCAGCGAUAUUUAAAGCAUGAUGUGGCGAGGAACGACUGUACUUUUGGAGUAGUCAGUGUACAGUAUUGUAACUGGCGACAUAAGUGAGUAGCAAGAUAAUUGUAUACACGGUCAAGCACGUUUGGGGGAUGCACGAGUGGUGCUUGCACGGAGGAACUGCGGUUCAUUGGGGUAAACAUUCAUUCUAGUUGUGCGUGUGAUCCUCGCGGCUAUUGACACCUUUUCAACUUGGACAUCCCCGCUGUGAGCGGUACUCUCUCAUGUUGCCAUCCACAUACUGCUGUACAAGCUGUGCACUGACUACUCUAAUUUAAAGCCAAGUUUCAAUGGUAAGAUCCCUGCUGAAAUGUGAGCUGUGCACUCCCUUAUGUUGACUGAAAAAGCUGUGCUGACAUGACCUAAAAGCACUUUCUACAUUUCUAGGUAUGAACGUUAUUGUUAGUAUAUCCUGUAUUUUAUGCUGCUACAGAAACUUGGCACACAUGACUGUGAUUAACGCAUGUUCUGUCUUCAGUUAAAGAUUUUAAGUGAUGCUGACUGGCUCCUGCAAUAUUAGGUACUGUAUUGUUGUGUUGUGACAUUAUUCAUAUUUGUCGCUUUGUUUUCAAUGUGAUAGUCCCAAGUCGUUAAGUCAAUAUAGCAACCAAAACAGUAGCAUUAUGUAGCCAAAUAAAGUUUGAAAUAAUUUAAUUAUAUUUACUGCUUAUAAUGUUUUUUUCCCCCAAUUUCUUGUUGAUCAUAAAGCCACAUACUUAAGUCAUAAUAGUAGGGGUGUAACGGUACGUGUAGUUGUAAUGAACCGUUUCGGUACGGAGGUAUAUCGAACGAGUACACAUGCAAGCAGCGACCGGGCUAGGACAACAUGUAAAAGCCAGAGCUGGAAGACCCUCCUGCCUCGUUAAGAUCUCCCGUUUGGGAACACUUUGGCUGCGCGAUACAACAAUGGAGGACGGAGGUUUGCCGACAUUGUUCAGCAGCUGCUUCUGACAACAUGUCAAACGUCUUGCACCUUUCCUGUUUCCAGCUCCCAGACCGUAGUCGAGGAGCGCAAGAUUGACAUUCCUCCAGGGCUGAUGUAUUCUCCGGGGCAACACUCUUCACUCUACCCGGCAGUGGGUCUCCACAGCUCCGGACUACAGGGUAAAUGAAGAGUCCGGCGAUUAGUUGCGAAUCGCGGCUUUACUGAGGUCUUGCACACAACCAAUCCAACAAAACACUAGCCACUCCUCGCACUCACGCUACCGCUCCCUCACCUUGCUCGCCCACACACACACACACAUACGCUACUCUCAUAACACAUGCUAACCCAGGGGUCACCAACGCGGUGCCCGUGGGCACCAGGUAGCCCGUAACGACCAGAUGAGUCGCCCGCUGGCCUGUUCUAAAAAUAGCUCAAAUAGCAGCACUUACCAGUGAAAUGCCUCUAUUUUUUAAAAAGUGUAUUUAUUUAAUAUCAAGUUGGUCUCGCUUUGGUCGACAUUUUAAUUCUAAGAAAGACAAAACUCAAAUAGAAUUUGAAAAUCCAAGAAAAUAUUUUAAAGACUUGGUCUUCACUUGUUUAAAUAAAUUCAUUUAUUUUUUUCACUUUGCUUCCUAUAACUUUCAGAAAGACAAUUUUAGAGAAAAAAUACAACCUUAAAAAUUAUUUUAGGACUUUUAAACACAUAUACCAUUUUACCUUUUAAAUUCCUUCCUAUACUUUCCUGAGAAUUUAAAAUUUAAAGCCCACCGGGCUUCACAAAACUUUUGGUGCCUUGUUGACACAGAAAAGUACAGUGGUGUAUGCGCAGCAGCUAUGAAGGUUGCAAGCCUGUUUGGUUCAACUUAUCUUUGUGAAUCAGCCUUUUCUGACAUGAACUUCAUCAAGAACAAACACAUAACACGCCUUACUGAUGCACAUCUGCAAGACUCACUCAGAGUUGCAGUGUCAAGAUACACACCAGAGUACAACACUCUAGUUGACAGCAAUGCCAGGCAUCCCACUAACUGACAAACAAACAGAUAACAGAUUUGGUGUCCAGUUCAAAGUGUGACAUGAUUUAUUUAAAAAUUUGAGAGCUGGCUUUUGUAUUUUACAUGAGUUAUUAUAAGUACAAACAUGGUGCAAAGUAAUUCAUGAUUUGUUAAAAAAUGUUAGUGGCUAGCUAGUUAAAACGGGAUAUUGUGAUAUCACAAGACUGUCUUAGAAUUGAUCAUUGGAGAAUGUUCAAUUUGAAAAAUGUGC